AUGCGAUCACGCGGAAUUGAAAGGGUGAUGCUAGGAGUAACCCGCUUCACGCAAGUGAAUGAAAGGAUUCGAAGUUCACUCCUACGUCACCGAUCGAAGAUCAGAGACGCUGCCGCAUAUGCCAUGGAAAGAAAAAUUAAGUGGGUCGGACACGUGGUGCGUUUCAACCACAAGCAUUGGACCAGAGCUGUAAGCGACUGGAUACCACGCGACAUCAAACGCACAGCAGGAAGACCGCCGACCCAGUGGUCAGACCUCUUCAUGAAGUCUUUCAAAGAAAAGUACGACGGUCUUCGAGUUUCUCGCGAGAAGAUGUGCCACUGGCCAACACUUGCGCGCGAUCGGGAGAAAUGGAAGUAUUACUGGUGCCCGCUCGAGCAAAUCGAUGAACAACAGAAGGACAGGUGA